AUGACAUGUGGGUUUUGUGGGGCUGCUAACCACAUGGAAGAUAAUUGUUGGAAGAAAGGGCAAGUUCGAAAAUGCUACCGAUGUGAUAGUGCUGAGCACCUGAUUGCUCAGUGCCCUCACCUACCAAAAGAAGGAAAUUUGCCAAGGGCAGAAGGGAACACUUCUAAGCCAAUCAAUGUAACGGGUAUGGAGGUUGGUGGACCUAGUGAUAUUGGUGGACCUAACAAUACCGGUGGAUCUAGCGGUGCCGGAGUAAGAGCUACGGGUGUAGGUGGGCCGGUGAAUCGGUGGUGCGCCGACGAGUCCUUAGAUAUCAGAAGAGGGUCGGGGAACCCUAUAGGCUAUAUUCUCCCUUCGGCCAAAUGA